AUGGUUUCACUUCCUCAUGAUGAAGAUACUUCAGACGUACCUGUAGUAGUUGCUUCAAAAUUCCGAGAAUUGAAACUGAAAAUUAAUGAAAACUUCAAAACGGCGGUAGGUUUGGCGGUAGUACUUGUGUUACUCCUCGUACUUCUCACUACCAACACGCUUGCAUACGCAAAAAUAAUUUUCCAGCCUUUGAAUGAUGCAUCUAUUUGCCCCGUUUACGAUGUUAUCGCUCCUGCUGCUUUCAAGUUAGACAACUCUUCCGCGGUGACUAUUAUCAAUGAUGAAAAAUUUAGGUUGCAAUCGAUUAGUAAAUUAUCGAAAGCUGUUCAGGUUGAUACUACUGUAUACGAUAACCAACCAGAUGUUGAUAAGGAACCUGAAACAUGGUCUCAGUUCAAAGAAUUCCAUAAAUACUUGAAGACUACGUUCCCUACAGUGUUUGCCUUGUUGGAAGUAGACUACGUGAAUACUCACGGAAUUGUCUUGUACUGGAAGGGGUCUGACCUGGCAUUGAAGCCAGUUAUGUUGACUGCGCACCAGGAUGUUGUUCCGGUACAGAAGGAUACAUUGAAAGACUGGUCUUAUCCUCCAUUUGAUGGUCACUACGACGGUACCUGGGUCUACGGCAGAGGUUCUUCAGACUGUAAGAAUAUCUUGGUUGCAAUUAUGGAAACUUUAGAAUUGCUAAUUGAUCAGAAAUUUAAACCCAAGAGGGGUAUAAUAGCUGCUUUUGGUUUUGAUGAAGAAGCUUCAGGUAUUCAAGGUGCUAGACAUAUCAGUAAAUUUUUGGAAGAAAAAUUUGGUAAGGAUUCCAUAUAUGCAAUUGUAGAUGAGGGUUCUGGAGUGACCAAGGACGCUACUACGGGACAAGUUAUCGCAGUAGCAGCUACAGGAGAGAAAGGUUAUGUUGAUAUCAAUGUUAGUUUGACCACUCCUGGCGGACACUCAUCUGUUCCACCUGACCAUACACUGAUUGGUAUUAUGGGAGAAUUAGCUCACUUGAUUGAACUGGACCCAUAUAGCCCCAUUUUGACUGCAAAAAACCCAAUCUUAGGGUACAUGCAAUGCUUGGCAGUGAAUACUGGUGAUAAAUUGCCUCUGCUUACCAGAAAGGCUAUUUUGAGAGCGGGUUUUGACAAGUUUGCUAAUUCCAAGCUCGUUGAAGUGCUUGGAAGGGAGCCAUUAACCAAAUACUUAAUUCAAACCUCCCAGGCUUUGGAUUUAAUGAUUGGUGGAGAAAAGGCAAACGCACUUCCUGAAAACGUUCAAUUGACUGUGAACCAUAGAAUUUCUAUUGAGUCUUCUGUGGAGGCAGUUCAAAAGGUUUUCACUGAGAGAGUACUCGAAGUAGCACAGAAAUUUGAUUUGGGACUUGAAGCCUUUGGUAAGGAUGUUAGAAGUACAAAGUCCAAAAAUGGACAUUUUAAUGUUGACUUUUUCAGUCGUUCUUUGGAACCAGCACCAAUCUCCCCAUCUACUGGAUCUGUGUGGAAGUAUCUUGCAGGGGUCACAAGACAUGUAUUUGAGGACUUGGUUUUCACCGAUUUGGACUACCCAAUAUUCCUUGCCCCAGCCGUUAUGCCUGCUAACACUGAUACGAGGUACUAUUGGAACUUAACCAAGCACAUCUAUAGAUACUCUCCAUUUUACACUGAAGAUGUGAUGCAUGACAGUCGCAUCCACAGUGUGAAUGAAAGAAUUAAAGCAGACUCCCAUUUACAGGUGCUUGCUUUCUUCUAUGAGUACGUGCAAGCCAUUGACACUGCAGAUGCCGGUUAA